GUCUUGGAUGUCAGCAUGAGCCUGAACCAGGCGUUGGACAUUGGGCAGGUGAGCUUCCUUUGCUGCGCAAGGAAUAAGUGCCCUGGUGUUAACAGGAGUGGUGGGGAAAGUCGGCCGGGAUUCCUGCAUCUCAGCAUGUCGAAGGUUGCAGGAAUAAAUGGAAUAGAUCUUGUGCAAGAAUCGUGCGACAGCAUAAUCUGUCAACCAGUCUUGAAAGUCAUUGAGCAUAAUGGUUAUAAAGAAAUAGAGCUCCCAACUCUUCAUUGGCUUCAUACGUUUGUUAAUGGAAUGGAUAUGGAGACUGCAAUAAAAUCGGGCCUGGAGAGAUUUUUCAAUUAUUCACGCUUUCAUAAUGAUGCUGGUACAAUAGUUCCCAUCUCUGCACCUUGGGCAAUUAGAGCCCCAUUUGAAAAUGGUAUUAUAAUACCUCAAUUUUCAGUCUUCGUUUCAUUGCCUCUUGAGAUCCAAACUCCACCUCUCCCAAAAGAUCCGUCAGUUCAAGUAAUCAAUACUCCUCUAGUAAACACUUAUGAGAGUUACUUUAUGACUGAGCAGGAAAAUGAAGACUAUGGAAGACUUGCUAAUGAACUCAAGAAGAAACUGGAAAACGACCACCGUUCUUUUGACCACAGUAGUAUUUUCAUUACUUGGUACAACAAAGCUGGACACGUGAAACUGUCUUUUCUCAAGAAAUGAAACAGAACAGUUCUCUCAGAGGCUCUAAUACUUAUAGAUUUUAAACAGUGAGAUGUGCUCAACUCUGUUAUCACCUUUAGUAGUUUCCUUCCUAGAAUAACGUGCAUUUCGGUGGCAUAAUGAAGUAAAAUAUCUCAGGGUGAUUUAUACACAUUAGAUUUAAUUCUGCAUGUCUGCCAUUGUUGGGGAUUUCAACAAGCCUUGUGCUGUCUCAGGGCAGUUGUCAGUUCCUAUCUCCCACCCAGAUGCCUGCAAGUACAGGGAGCUCACACUUCACUCACAAUUAACUAGUUGAAACAUAGAAACAUAGAAAAUCUACCGCACAAUACAGGCCCUUCGGCCCACAAAGCUAUGUCGGACAUGUCCUUACUUUAGAAAUUACCUAGGGUUACCCAUAGCCCUCUAUUUUUCUAAGCUCCAUGUACCAAUCCAGGAGUCCCUUUUGUAGCCGCCUCCACCACAGUUGCUGGCAGCCCAUUCCACGCACUCACCACCCUCUGCGUAAAAAAACUUACGCCUGUCAUCUCCUCUGUACCGACUUCCAAGCACCUUAAAACUGAGCCCUCUUGUGUUAGCCGUUUCAGCCCUGGGAAAAAGCCUCUGACUAUCCAUAUGAUCAAUGCCUCUCAUCAUCAAACCAAGUGUCCAAGGUGAGGCUUUCUUUCCCUUUCAUUCAUUGUAUUUUGCAUUCACUGCAAAUUACAACUAAUCAUUCUGAUGAAUAAUUCAGUCAUUCUAAUGAAUUAUUCCCACCGAAGGUCCCUACUGAUUGUCUAGUGCCCAAUAGUCCUGGUAGUGGAGCUGCGUCUCCAUGUCACUACCUGGAUGAAAUAUGUUGGGGAUUCACAUGGUCUUCCACCCUCACCUUAACCACACAUUCGGCUUUGAUACUGACAGAUCCAAAUGUUCUAGAUAGAGGAGGCUGCUGGUCUAUUUAAUAUUAUUAAUAAUUAACUGCCCUCUGAAUUCCAAGUAAUUUCCCAGUAUCUCGGGACCUAUCAGUUGUGCUGAAAAACUACACUGGACAGUAAGAGAGAAACACUUACUCAGCCAAUAAUAGGAAGCUCCAUAUUUAAUCUUUGCUGGUGAGGAACCUGGGAAUCUGAAGAAAGAGCUAUCAAGGCAGAAAUAUUUGUUCAAAGUCUCCACACGGCACAGUUGUAUAUGGGUGGGUGACUUCUCUGGGUAACAGAAUUGAUCACUCUGAGAAUUUCCCUCUCCUCUUUAAAUAACUUGAGUACUUACUGAGACUGAGAUUGUUCUGAACACAGAUACUGUGACAUUCUAUCUUCACAAUGGGACAGAUUCUCUGUGUGUUCACCAAGCAGAAAUCAAAAAUAUGAAAAGAGCUGACUGGAAAUGGGAAGUGCUGGGUGCACUGAGCACUGAGGUUGUGCUGGCUGAAAUCCUGGAGGUGUCAAAUGCGGGACUAUAGGUCUCACUCAGAGCUGGUUCCAGGUUGAAAUAUAAAAUUGUAAGUUAACGCUUAAACUGUAGAGACUGUAUUUAAACCAUUUAUAAACCAUCAUAGUUGUUACCACUUCAUCUUCCUCAUUCACUUUGCUGUCCGUUGAAAUAUAAUGGAAUAGAAUGUGUGAAACACUGGGUGCUGCAGAUCAACUCAUUUGGGAGAGAGGCCUGUUCAUGGACAAUUGCUGCUGUUAACAGAACAACUGCUUUCAGAUGCCCUUAGGAAGCUAAUAAUCAAUUGUUUUUAGAAUCUUAGUGUUUUGCUUUGCAUCUUGCUGGGAAUGUGUUCUCACUGUGAAAUAAAGAGGUGAUGCAUCACAA